CCCCCACCCCUCGCACGCUAAACGAGGUUUCUCUCCCAGUUGGCCAAGUCGGGUGCACCGGUGUCAGUGUGUGGCGCGCAGAGGGGCCCGCUCUGCAGUAGUGUGGUCAUUUUGGAGCCCCGUCUAUCGAAGAAAGAGAUUCGAGGACAAUGGGCCAAAUCAGUUCGUGUUGCCACGUCGACGAGCAGCAGCGAGGCACAGGGGCCACAUACAUCGGUAUGUAUGAUGAAGAGGGUGGAGAAGGAGAGCCAGUACAUCACAUGUAUGGCCCUGUGUGACGUCACGAGUGCCGUGCAGAGGUCCCCCCGAAUGCGCCUGAGCAGCCAUCGGUGAAGGGCCCGACCAUCGCCUCUGAGGAUAUUGGCGGCAAUGCAGACGUGAACGGUGACAAGGUACCAUGCAAGGCAGCUGGCCAUCCAGAUACAUACAUACAUGCACGCACCCUUGCCCUCUCUGUUCGGAAUCCUCUCUUUCAGGGUCUUCUAGAUGGUACGCCACGCCCCCUCACUUAAAUCGCCUCACGGUGGCUGCCAUACACCCACCUCUCCGUCUGUCUGUCUGUCUGUCUGUCUUGCACCAGCUCGGCAUCAAACGAUAUCCUUCCCGCAGAGCACACUCAUCAGCACACAGGGAGCGGUCCGUACGCACACAGUUGCACCAGCAGCCUCUGACACAUAUGUGAUGUGUCUGCCGUUGUUGCCCCUGCUGUCCAGUCGUCAGCCGGUGCGACUGAGUUGACGCCCGAGCUGCAGGCCUUCCUUCGUAUCGCAGAGGCGGACGGCACCAAGAUCGUAGUCCUCCUGCACGUAGGCACAUGACAUGAGACAGGAGAAGGUCUGGGGGUGUGGGUGAGGGGGUGUGGGUGUGGGUGUUUGUGUGUGUGUAGGGCGGCAAGGACGUGGAGUGUCUGUUGAGACUAAGGAUGGAGGACAGGGUCAUCGUCAUCUCCACGGACGUCAGCAAAUACACACAAGCAAGCGAGACAUCAACAUCCACCCCACCUCUUUCCCUGCUCUGUCGCUGUCGCUGACUGCGUAUGUGGCCUCUCUCUCUCUCUCUCUCUCGUGUGGUGGCUGCGUGUGCAGGUGAAGAACCGUGAGGUGCCGAUAUCGUCGCUGAAGGGCGUACUCUCGGGGGAGAACCAGCUCAAAAAAGUCGAAAUCGACGCCGACCUAGAAGCAGCCACGUAUGUGUCUCUCUCACCAGCUAAGCUUACGUGUUGUGUUUUGUUGUGUGUCGGUUUGUUGCGUGUGUGUGCAGUUGCUGUGCGUUGUAUUUGCGUGAGGGUGCGUGCAUCCCCAUCAAGUUCAUGGAGAGCCAGCACAAGGACCUCUUUGUCGACCUCCUCCGGCACCUCCUCGCCGUACAAAAACAAAAGGAACAGCAGCAGCUCAAGGAACAGGCGCAGGACGAAUGACUCAUGAGUGAGUGGAUGGAUGCAUGACACGCCGACUGACG